AUGUCUCGCGCUUAUUUCUUGGGUGUCACCCUCCUUUUCCUGGCCGCUGUCGCCCCGAUUCAAGCGGUGAAGUACCAAGUCGUCGAUCGGACCAAUUACAUAGCCGGAUGCAUUCGGUUCAAGACUGAAAUCGGAUCCUUCUACACUAGGCAGCUCAUGAAAGCCGCCUCAAGCUUCAUUUGGCUGACCUUCAACGAGUCAAUCGGCGAGAGGAAGGACCACGGCCAGGUGAUGCUGGUCGUCCGCGGCUUCCGUCCAUCCCAACGCGCGCUGGUCUCGAGGACUUCCAAUGACACCAUCUUGAUCAACGCCGACCACAUCCAAAAGUAUCCUGGCGACGCGAGGUUGGAGCUCUCGGGAAUCUUGUUCCAUGAGAUGACCCACGUGUGGCAACAGUACGGGAAAGGGAAGGCCCCCCGAGGCCUUGUCAACGGCAUCGCCGACUACGUGAGGCUUAGGGCCGGGUUGGCCCCUAAGGAAUGGACUCAGAGGGGCUCGGGUUCACGCUGGGACGAGGGUUACGCCGUCACGGCCUAUUUUCUCGACUAUUGCAGCGGCCUCAAGAAUGGUUUUGUCGCCGAGCUUAAUAAGUUGAUGAAGGGUGAUUACAGCGAUGAAUUUUUUCCUGUGAUACUCGGCAAGACAGUUGAUGAACUCUGGAUGGACUAUAAAACAGAUCUCGACUUACCGGUGGAGCUUUCGAAGGCUGAAUAGAUGAUCA